AUCCCAUAGCCCCUGCCCGCCUCAACUUGGCUCGCAGCCCUCCAGCCUGGAGUCGGUCGCCAAGCUGUUGAGAGGAUGGAUGAUGAGGUCAAUACGACCACCAGCCAGGUGGUGACCGUCGCCAGUGUGAGAGACCAGCUGACCAAAGAGCAAAGGCUCAUUAUCACGUUCAGCGCAUUGGGAACGCUGGUGCUGUGCAUUUGCUGCGGCUGCUGCAUGCAUCGCCUGCAGCGGCUUUACCACAAGACGCGGCAGGUGCUACCAGAGCUACCGGAGCUGCGGCGCUUCAGUCUGCUGAGCGCCGCUUCCUCCAAAAACAGUUCCCCGGAGGACGCUUCGACAGCGGAGUCGACAGCCAAGCCGGAGGAUUGUCACAUGCGGAUGUUAGCGCAGGACCUCGACAGGAGCCUGAGGGAAACGGCGGAGGUGAAGGGCAAUGAGGCGCCGCCGGACCUCGAGGCCUUGCCCAGCCAAGUGCCCGCGGCCGCGCCCGCGGCCGGCGCGCCCGGCGCCAGCGGCGCCGGAGGCUGCGGCGGAGCUCGAGGCGCCUUCGGGGGAGGCCUCGCCCCAGGCGCAGGCGGCCGCGGCGGCGCCGAGCAAUGUGCGGCCGCGACCACCGGAGUUUGAACCUCCGUCCUACGUGGAGGACGAGGUCUGAGAGUUUUGGCAGAAUUUGUGCGGUGGUCCGCAUGCUCCACGAGGGCUUUCCGCUGGAAGCCCUUGCAAGGAGCACCCCAGCCCCAUGCCACGUGGGCUUCGCUGGUUGGCAAGGGAUCGGCUGUGGCAAUGGCAUCAGCCA